AUGCGUCGGCCUCUUUUCUCGCAGCUGACACUCGCUGCCUGUCUGUUCGGCUCAUCAUACGCAACGAGGACAUGUUAUCUCCCCAAUGGCGAGAUUGCCCCCAACGACCAGCCCUGUUUCCCCGAGAACCCAGAGUCCUCUUGCUGUGGAGGUAGCACCUAUGUCUGUGCCACGAACAAUAUGUGUGCCUUCUAUGAUGCCUCGUACUAUGUGAUCGGCAGUUGCACCGACAAGACCUGGAACUCUCCAGCGUCCUGCAAUUGCACCACCGGCGCCAAUACCCAGAAAAUUCGCGACUUCCUGCCCGAGUACUCGGAUCUCGUGGGCUCGUCAGUUGCGCUGGACACAGUCAUUGCAACGAGCUCCUUGUUGACUCCCAUCGGAGCCAAGCGGCCACCGGGCACAUCCACCUCGACAACCGCUCCCUCUACGUCUGAACUGACCACGACAUCGGCGGCAACAGCACCAGCGACUGCGGCAACAACAGGAACAACAGCAGCAACAGCAAUGACAAGCGCCCAAUCAUCAAAGUCAGCUGAAUCCGCUACGCCAACCGCAGCCGAGCAGAACGCUAGUAGCAACAAUGCACUGAAGAUAGGGUUGGGUGUCGGUAUACCACUUGGCGCGGUUGCAAUCAUCCUCGUGGUGGUAUUGUUGGUUAUGCAGCGACGAUGGAGGAGGAAACAGUUGCUAACGGAGAUGAAGAGAGUAAGUUCACCCUACGAGAGCUCGAGACUAGGCGACUAA